AUGGCGUCCCAUUUGGACUUGAGUCAGUUAAGUGGGUGCAAGAAGAGGAAGAGAGGUGAGAGGGUAUUUAGGUUCAGGAGUUUUGGCGAAAACGGGUACCCGGUAGUGUUGGUAGGAUCGUCAUUUAGGGAAAAUGUCAAGUCUCUCCUUGAAUAUGGGCAUGUUGAGGGUAACCUAGCUGGCCAUGGCAUGCAAUGCUGGUCGUUUCAGCUCCAAGUUCAUCGCCAUGCUCCUGGCCAUGUCGUGUUAUUUGUCAUCGAAGAACCUAUCGAGGCAUCGCUCAAUCACCAUUGCAAGCAAUGCCAAUACGUUGGCUGGGGGCAGCAUAUGGUGUGCAAUAAGAAGUAUCAUUUUGUGUUGCCUUCCUCGGACACAAUGGUGGCAGCUUGCUGGAAUGGCAAAGGUGGCAACGCCUCCGAUGGAGGCCACCUAUUACUGAACCCCACGACAACAAAUAGUCGUAAUGAGGGUAAGUCGUCGAAUAAUUUAGUGGAAUUAGAGGGUCAUAUGAUGCAUGGUGUCUUUCACUCUAACGGUUUCGGGCAUUUGCUGUGUGUCAACGGGGUGGAAACCGGUUACGACUUGGCUGGUCACCAGAUCCUCGACUUUUGGGAUCGCUUAUGCACUGGAUUGCGUGCAAGGAAAGUGAGUUUGAAUGAUGUGUCACAUAAAAGAGGGAUGGAGUUGAGGCUAAUCCACGGAGUAGCAUACAGCGAGCCAUGGUUUGGUCGUUGGGGUUACAAAUUUGGCCGUGGAACAUUUUGUGUCACGCAACAAAUGUACCAAAAAGCCAUUGAAGCUCUACAAGGCAUGCCCUUAUGCUUGCUCAUUCACCAUCUCGGCACAUCCAACCAUGAAAUCGCUCUCAUCUUCUCAAGGUAUCACACAUUGUCUGACAAUUCUUUGGUCACUCUUGGCGACCUUUUCCAUUUCAUGCUAGAGCUCAAGUCGCGAUUGCCACCCACAGAUCAUCAAAAUCCUUUUAUUGAUCCAAUCUAUAACCCGGGAAUGCUGAUGGAAACGAAUUGUAGAUGGUCUUCGAAAAGAGUUGAGAUGGCGACUCGGGUGAUUGUUGAGGCCUUGAAGAGGGCUCAGUUUAGGUGGGUAUCUAGACAAGAAGUUAGGGAUGCCGCCCGUGCCUAUGUAGGCGACACAGGGUUGCUAGAUUUUGUGUUGAAGUCACUAGGAAACCACAUUGUAGGAAAUUACUUAGUUCGUCGCACGUUGAAUCCAGUGACUAAAGUUCUUGAGUACUGCUUAGAAGACAUCUCCAAUCAUGCUUCCCCUAAUCAUCGGGACGGUUUGCUCAUGCACAGUCCGAAGGCGAAGGCUGCCUGGUACAAGCUUUCGAAGUUUCGGUUAAUGAAGGAUAUGUUCUACAUGUACAAGUACGUUCUCAAGGACCAAAAGAUGAGCAAUGCCGGGAUAUUUUCGGCCAUACCGAUGGCUGUACGGAUCAUUCUCAAUUCCAAGUACCUCGUGAAGGAUUACUGCAGCGAGGUGGUGCCUAUGAAAGUUGAAUAUUUAAGCAUGGAUGGAGAAUCAAACAUCUACUGCACAAUAUCACUAAAAAACAAUUCCGAAGAAGAUGACGACGAUAAUAGUAAGAGUAUUAGAAACAACAACAAUGCAAUAAUAUUGCAACCCUACGAGUGUGUGACGUUAAAAAACAAUGCUACAUUUGAUGAUUUGAAGCAAGAAGUAGAGAGGAAUUUCAAGGAGAUCUACUGGGGGCUGAGGGGAUUUGUGGUGGACUCAAUUGCAAAUCUCAACAAUGCGAAGGGGAAAGAUUUGGUUUUUGGCAUGGUUGAGGUGGGUCAAAAGAUUGUGCUCGAGGGUAGGAGUAGCAAAAGGAUGGGUGGAGUUCGUGAGAUAUAUGAAUGUGGAGCAGCUUACUAUGUCGUGGACUGUCCCUGUGGAGCUAAGGAAGACGAUGGGGAAAGAAUGGUGUCGUGUGACAUUUGUGAAGUUAGGCAGCAUACGCUUUGUGUUCGAAUUCCGGACAGCGAACAAGUUCCUCACAUAUUUCUCUGCAAUCGAUGUGAAAGAGAAAUCAUACUUUUGCCUUCUCCAUAGAAUCAUCCUCUACAAUUUGUAUGCGACCCUAAGUUAUUGGACUUCUGCUAUGACCAAUUGUCCACCUCAAACCUACUAUCCUUGAAUAUGUUUAAACUCAUUUUCUGAUGUAA